AUGGCCGCUCCGACCCGCGCAGCAAGCAAGCUCGACUGGUCCAAAGUCGGUACCCAGCUCGGCCUCCGCGGCAGCACGGCGACCUCGCUUGCCAACUUCAAGAAGCGCCACGACGACGCCCGCCGCCGCAUGCAGGUCCUCUCCGAGCAGCCCACGAGCGUCGACUUCGGGCACUACCGCUCCGUGCUGAAGAACACGGCCGUCAUCGACGAGAUCGAGCAAUACUUCAAGAGCUUUCAGCCCAAGACGUACGACGUCAACAAGCAGAUCAAGGCCAUCGAGGCGUUCGAGCAGGUCGCGGUCAAGAAUGCCGAGGAGACAAAGGACAAGGUGGCGGUCGAGCUGCGGAGCCUGGAGAAGGCGCUGAACGACAUCGAGGGCGCAAGGCCGUGGGAGGAGACGACCGUGGACGAGAUCGCCAGCGCGGCGCCCGAGAUCGACGAGUAUACGGCCAGGUUGGUCAAGAAGGGCCGGUGGAUGCCGCCCGGGUACCAGGAGAAUUUCCCCAACCUUUCGGUAUUGUAA